GUGCACAGGGUGGGUUUUGACCAACGGACCUGAGCAACGACGUAUUUUGUCCCCUUUGCUUUUUCUGUCUGGCUGGUUUAGCACAUCUGUCCCGUUAUUUUUUAUUUGAUCCCUCUGUUAUCCUCUACAUUUCUGUUAUUUACUAACCAAAACAACAUAGACGGGUUUUUUAUGUAAGUCUCUUUGUUGUGCGCGCGCGCAGAACCGAUGGAAAACUAGCGGGCGAUGCUAGCAUGCUAAAGCUACCUUUUCUGUGACACCCAGGACAUUAAAGAUGAGGAUGUUCUCAGUUUCACACAAGACAGCCUUUGUGGUGGAUCACUGUCCAUACAUGGCAGAGUCCUGCCGGCAACUGAUCGAGUGUGACAUGCUGACCAAAAGCCGUGCACAGGGUGUGAUUCCACUGGCUCCAGUCUCCAAGUCUCUCUGGACAUGUGCCAUCGAAUGCUCUAUGGAGUACUGCCGCAUACUAUUUGACAUUUACCCCACCAAGAAACUGGUGAACUACAUUGUGAGUGAUUCCGAAGUUCAUAUCCUUAACAACUGGAAGCAGGAACACCAGAACACACAUGAGCUCAUGGCUGCUUUGGCAACUGUUGGUCCUCCCAACCCUCGCCAGGAUCCUGAAUGCUGUAGUGUCCUGCAUGGGUUGGUUGCAGCUGUGGAAUCAUUGUGUAAGAUCACAGAAUAUCAGCAUGAGGCUCGUACUUCUUUAAUGGACGUGGCUGACCGAGUAGCCAAUAGAGGGCGUAUUAUUUGUCUCACUAAUGCCAAAAGUGACACCCAUGUCAGAAUGCUAGAGGACUGUGUGUUGGAAACCAUUCAGGAGCAGAACAAACUGGCAGCAGGAUCUGAUCGACUGAUGCCUAUUCAGCAGUGUGAGCUUGUGCUGGUUCACAUCUUUCCCCAGGGUGAUGACACGCUGGUCUCAGACCGUCAAAAGAAAGAGCUGUCAUCAGUAUUGACCAGUGAAGUUCACAGCGUGCGUGCUGGAAGGUAUCUGGCUUCUAAACUAAAUGUGCUGGUUCAGCAGCACUUUGAUUUGGCCUCCACUACCAUCACCAACAUCCCCAUGAAGGAGGAACAGCAUGCGAACACUUCAGCGAAUUACGACGUUGAGCUGCUGCACCAUCGGGAUGCUCAUAUUGAAUUUAUUAAGAGUGGUGAUUUGCACAUGGCUGGCAGCACUAGCAGAGACAGCGGUCUGAAAGAAACAGUCACGCUUAAAUGGUGCACUCCACGCACCAACAGUGUAGAGCUGCAUUACUGCACAGGGGCCUAUCGCAUUUCUCCUGUGGAUGUCAAUAGCCGGCCAUCUUCCUGUCUAACUAACUUCCUGUUGAAUGGUCGCUCCGUGUUGCUAGAGCAGCCACGCAAGUCAGGGUCAAAGGUCAUCAGUCACAUGUUGAGCAGCCAUGGAGGCGAGAUUUUUUUGCAUGUUUUGAACAGCACGCGCUCCACACUAGAGGACCCACCCUCCAUCAGCGAAGGCUGUGGGGGACGAGUGACUGACUACCGCAUUACUGAUUUUGGUGAAUUCAUGCGUGAGAAUCGCCUAACUCCAUUCCCAGAUGAAAUGGUCGAUACAUUGGGCAGAACUCCAAUUGAAAGAGCCAAAUUCCAGCUAGAAAGACACACUAGAUACUGGCCAAUGAUCAUUUCCCAGACCACCAUCUUCAAUAUGCAGGCGGUGGUGCCUUUAGCAAACCUCAUAGUGAAGGACACUCUAACAGAUGAGGAUGUGCUGACCUGUCAGAAGACAGUCUAUAAUCUUGUUGAUAUGGAAAGGAAAAGUGACCCCCUGCCCAUCUCUACUGUGGGCUCCAGAGGAAAAGGUCCCAAACGCGAUGAGCAGUAUCGGAUCAUGUGGAACGAGCUGGAGACGCUGGUAAAGGCUCACGUGGGCAACAGCGAGCGUCACCAGCGUGUUUUGGACUGCAUUAGUGCCUGUCGAAGCAAACCUCCUGAAGAGGAAGAGAGGAAGAAAAGAGGGAGGAAGAGGGAGGACAAGGAGGAAAAAGACAAGAAUGGCAAGGACUCGGAGGAGAAGAGCUGGACCGCUGAGUCCGAGAGACUCAAGGGAGCAAUGGAGCGUGAGAAGGAUGAACAGGCUGAAUGUGAGAUCAUCAAAGAUUCACCAGACUCUCCUGAGCCCCUGAACAAGAAACCGCGUUUGGCCACAGAGGAGCAACAGCCUCCAGAGAAAUCUAAAGGUCCCGUCUCUCUGCUCUCGCUUUGGACCAAUAGAAUCACCCAAGCCAACUCCAGGAAGCAUCAAGAGUUUGCAGGAAGGCUGAAUUCGGUGAAUAACAAGGCAGAGCUUUAUCAACAUCUCAAAGAGGAAAACGGGAUGGAUGCUCACGAGAAUGGAAAAGCCACUAGAUGAUGUGUGGCACAAGCCUUGUCUCAUUGGGUCUCAUCAUUGAGUGGUCGAUGGGAUGUGAUGGUGACAGACACAGCACAUGGUGUUUUAUAAGGAGAUACUUUUAUAUACAUUUGUUUGUAUAGAGUCUGAAUAAAAAAACUGUAAAUUGGUUGCUUGUUUUUUGCGUUGGUUCAUUUAUGUCUGUAAAUUCAUUUUUGUUCAUUAAGCAACAGUAAGCUUACUUAACAUAAAUGGAUGCCCAAAUUUGCUUAAUGUCAGAAGCACAGACCACAGGUUAAAUCUGUAAGUUAAACCUUAUACCCAUACUAGUGUUUUGCUAAGGCCGUGUAUUUAAUGGUGGUUGGCCUUCGCAUUAAGAGUAAAAUAAGAGUAGGAGUAAAAUUGGGUUUGGUUCGUUUUAGAAAAAGCUAAUUUUGUUUGAGGCUGUUGGGUAGCAAGUAACUAUAGGUAUACUAGUUAAUGUUUUUAUUGUUUGCAGAGUUAUGUCAAUAAAAGAGGUUAUUUGUUUAUGUAGAGGUGAAAAUUGCUUACAAAGUAUAAACGCAUUCUUGGAUAAAUUGUUCUAUGUUUUCUGUAUAACCUUUUGUGGAGAUUGCACCAUUAGUAAACAGAGGAACCACUUUGUUGAACGCCGGUCUAUUAUUGAUUUUGGAUUUUCUCAAGCAUAUACUGUACAUUACGUAAAAAGCUUGAUCUCCCAAAAGGCUUUUCUGUUUAGAUGCAUUUUAGCUCAGCCGUGAAAAGCAAAUAUACCUGGUCCAUUGCCAAAGACUGAGGAUGU